CUAUUUUUCCAAAAUAUACAAAACCCAGAAAAAAUCACACGUUCUUGAAUUUUUGUUUUGGGCCUGUUACCCAAAUAAUAAAAAUCAAAUUUUUAGAAAAAUGAAGAAGCUGACGAGUGAUUUCUGGCCUUUUUACCAUAUUGGUUGCGGAUUUAUUGCAUCUGGCCUAACAACUUUGUAGUUAUUUAUGCAUUUUUCCUUUGGUAUUUUUACAUUUUUGGUUGCAACGAAAUUGCGCUGGAAUCAUAUUGAAUGUACAUAAUUUGCAUGAAUGUGGGUUGGAAUUUCUUCAGUAAUCAGCUCGGAGGAGAUUGAGAAGUGGUGGGCAGUGCCCAAAAUUUAAUCUUUUUGCGGUUAGAAAUGGUGGGCGAUGCUGUUUCUCGCUCUCGCAAGAAUGUUACAAUAGGAGUCUGUGUUAUGGAAAAGAAGGCCUUUUCUGGGCCGAUGCUGCAGAUUUUGGAGAGGCUGCAAGCAUUUGGAGAAUUUGAUAUUGUACAUUUUGGGGACAAGGUAAUCCUCGAAGAGCCUAUUGAAAGAUGGCCUAUAUGUGACUGCUUGAUUGCCUUCUAUUCUACUGGCUAUCCUCUGAAGAAGGCUGAAGCAUAUGCUACUCUAAGAAGGCCUUUUCUUGUAAACGAAUUGGGAGAUCAACGUCUUCUUCAUGAUCGAAGGAGAGUGUAUGAGAAACUUGAAAUGUUUGGCAUUAAUGUUCCAAGAUAUGCCCUAGUGAACAGAGAGUUUCCCAAUCAAGAGCUGGACUUUUUUUCCGAGGAGGAGGAUUUUGUUGAAGUCCACGGCAAUCGGUUCUGGAAGCCUUUUGUGGAAAAACCGAUUCAUGGUGAUGAUCACAGUAUAAUGAUAUAUUAUCCUAGUUCAGCUGGUGGGGGAAUGAAAGAAUUGUUUAGAAAGGUUGGUAAUCGGUCAAGUGAAUUUCAUCCAGAUGUGAGAAGAGUGAGACGCGAAGGUUCUUAUAUAUACGAGGAAUUUAUGCCCACUGGAGGCACAGAUGUAAAGGUGUACACAGUUGGUCCCGAAUAUGCUCAUGCAGAGGCAAGGAAAUCGCCAGUAGUUGAUGGUGUAGUUAUGCGAAACCCUGAUGGUAAAGAAGUUAGAUAUCCUGUUCUGCUCACUCCUAUGGAGAAAGAAAUGGCUCGAGAGGUGUGCAUUGCAUUUAGGCAAGCUGUUUGUGGCUUCGAUCUCUUGCGCUGUGAGGGGCGUUCCUAUGUCUGUGAUGUCAAUGGAUGGAGCUUCGUCAAGAACUCCUACAAAUAUUAUGAUGACGCUGCAUGUGUUAUGAGGAAAAUGUUUCUUGAUGCUAAAGCUCCACAUCUUUCAUCAACAAUACCUCCAGUUCUACCUUGGAAGGUUAAUGAACCUGCUCAGCCCUUUGAUGGUUUAACACGUCAGGGAAGUGGGAUAAUCGGAACUUUUGGGCAGUCCGAAGAACUACGUAGCGUGAUUGCCAUUGUUCGUCAUGGUGACAGAACUCCAAAACAGAAAGUGAAGCUGCGAGUUACUGAGGAAAAACUAUUGAAUUUGAUGUUGAAGUAUAACGGGGGAAAGCCAAGGGCAGAGACAAAGCUCAAAAGUGCUGUUCAACUGCAAGAUCUUUUGGAUGCGACACGAAUUCUAGUUCCUCGUACGAGACCUGAUCACGGGAGUGACAGUGAAGCUGACGAUAUCGAGCAUGCUGAAAAGCUUCGGCAAGUGAAAGCUGUGCUUGAGGAGGGCGGGCAUUUCUCUGGCAUUUAUCGGAAAGUCCAACUCAAGCCUUUAAAAUGGGUCAAAGUGGCAAAAGCGAAUGGCGAAGGGGAAGACGAACGGCCUACUGAGGCCCUGAUGAUUCUUAAAUACGGCGGUGUCCUCACACAUGCUGGCAGAAAACAGGCUGAAGAGCUAGGAAGGUAUUUCCGGAACAAUAUAUAUCCUGGUGAAGGUACGGGCCUGCUUCGUCUCCAUAGUACAUACCGCCAUGACUUAAAGAUAUACAGCUCAGAUGAAGGCCGUGUGCAGAUGUCUGCAGCUGCUUUCGCUAAAGGUCUUCUAGAUUUGGAAGGGCAAUUGACACCGAUUUUGGUUUCGCUUGUCAGUAAGGACUCUUCUAUGCUGGAUGGGUCGGAGAACGCCAGUUCCGAGAUGGUAGAAGCUAAGGCCAGGCUACACGAGAUCAUAACUUCCCAUAACGAUACGAUUGAGAGCACUGAUCCGCCGGGAGAAAAGCCUUGGAUGGUAGAUGGUAGUGGAGUUCCUCCGAACGCAUCCCAACUUCUUCCCGAAAUUGUGAAGUUAACGAAGAAGCUCACGGAGCAAGUGAGAAUUCUAGCCAAGGAUGAGAACGAGGAGCUCGCGGGGAAGACCUCUUACGAUGUGAUUCUGCCAUACGAUCAAGCGAAGGCCCUUGGCAAGACAAGUAUGGAUGUUGAUCGGAUUGCUGCUGGCUUACCUUGUGGCAGUGAGGGAUUUCUUCUCAUGCUCGCUCGUUGGAGAAAACUUGCGAGGGAUUUGUAUAACGAGCGCAAAGAGCGGUUUGACCUCACACAAAUACCCGAUGUUUAUGACUCAAGCAAAUAUGAUCUCUUGCACAACGCGCAUCUAAAACUAGAAGGCCUAUACGAACUUUUCAAAGUGGCACAGUUACUUGCAGAUGGUGUUAUUCCGAACGAGUAUGGAAUCAACCCGAAACAGAAGUUGAAAAUCGGAUCCAAGAUUGCUCGUCGUUUGUUGGGGAAGAUCUUGAUCGAUCUUAGAAACACACGCGAAGAAGCAAUCAGCAUCGCUGAAUUGAAGAGUAACCAAGAGACUACAGAACUCCCUAGCAUUGCAAGAGAAGAUUCUGCAGAUCUUCAAAAAUCUCAGAUUAAUCCUGAACAUGUGUCUAAGGCUAGUCUCGGCAGUGAGAAAUCCGUGGAUCUAGAUGAUGACGACGACAAAGAACCCAAGUACCGAUUGGACCCAAAGUAUGCAAACGUAAGAACCCCGGAGCGACAUGUGAGGACGCGGCUAUAUUUUACAUCGGAAUCUCAUAUCCACUCCAUGAUGAAUGUUCUCCGUUACUGCAACUUGGACGAGUCCCUCCAAGGAGAGCCAAGCCUCGUGUGUGAUAGCACCUUGGAGCGCUUGUGUCGGACAAAGGAGCUUGACUACAUGAGUUACAUUGUGUUCAGGUUAUUCGAGAACACAGAGUUGGCAUUAGAAGAUCCAAAGAGAUUCCGCGUAGAAAUGACCUUUAGCCGAGGUGCAGAUUUGUCCCCGUUGGAGCAGGCAAAUGAGAGAGACUCGUCUUCAUGGCAUCAAGAGCACACUUUGGCCAUAAACGGCCCUGAGCGGCUUCAAGAAGUCGAAUCAUACUUGACAUUCGAGAGGAUGGAGAAGAUGAUCCGGCCCUUUGCAAUGCCAGCAGAGGACUUCCCUCCUCCCAUGAUUCCUCAAGGAUUCUCCGGCUACUUCUCCAAGAGCGCGGCCGUUCUGGAGCGCCUCGUCAAUCUCUUGUCUUUCAACCGGCACUCAUCACACGCCAACGGGAAGUAGUUAAGCCACAUAGUCCUCUCAUCAAGAUCGAUUCUUUCGCCCUUUUUCGCCUGAGAUGAUUGUUGCAGGUGUGUUGAAAUGGUGAGAUUCUUCAUGUUUGUGUUUUGUUAGAUUAAUGGUGACAGUUCUGUGACUUAGGAAAGUGGUUAUGUUUUAAUGUUUUGUCUGCAAAUUUUUUGUUGGUUGUUUAUUGGUGGGACUGUAAAUGGAUCUUUUGAGCCCAACAAAAUGGUGUUUUGUAGGCCCCAUUUGUUUCAAACCUACCAUAAAUAUAAUUAUAGGAAAUUUUGGGUUUUUCUAGAA